GGCGUCGCGGGGCAGCGCCGAGGGUAGGCGGCCCGCGGGGUCGGGCCGGGACCGCCGCCGCAGCUCUGCGCGCCCGCCGCGCCUUCCUCCGCCGCCGCCGCCGCGCUCGCUGGCCAUGGAGGUGCAGCUGGGGGUCGGCCGCGUCUACCCGCGGCCGGGUGGCAGGACCUUCCGCGGGGCUUUUCAGAGCUUCUUUCAGAGCGUCUGCGAGGCUUUCCAGCCGCCGCGGGAGGAACCGGGCGCGGGGCAGCUGCCGUCGAGCGCGCCCUGCCCGCCGAGCCCCCGGCCGCCGCCGGGCUCCCCCGCCUGCCUGCCGCCCCCCGAGCCCCGCGCCGCCGGGAAGGCGCUGCCGGCCGCCGGCCCCACCAUGGGCUCGUCUUUCCCCUGCGCCGGCGAACUGAGGGAGCUGCUGGGCGAAGCGGGAUCGAUGCCGCUGUUGCCGCCACCCGAGGCCGAGCCGGCGGACAAGGACGACCCGCUGGGCGACAGCGCCCGGCAGCUGUGCCGCGCCGUGUCCGCCUCCAUGGGGCUGGCGCUGGAGGCGCUGGAGGCUCCGGCCGAGCCGCUGCCCCGCGAGGACUGCAUGUUCGCCGUGCCCGCCGGGCCGCCCCGCGCCCCGCACCCGCCCGCCCGCGACCCCCCGCCCGCCUUCGCGGCCGCCCUGGCCGCCGAGCCGCCCGCCGGGCCGGGGCUGCCCCGCGGUUUCGGCCGCGUCAAGCUGGAGAGCGCGGCGGGGCUGGGGCCCGCGGCGGGCGGCGGCUGGGGCGGUCCGUGCCGCUUCGGGACCGAGCUGAUCCCGCCGGGCCCCGCGCCACCCUGGCCCACCUUCUUCGCCGAGGAGGGGCAGCUGUACGGGCCGUGCCCCGAGCCGCCCGCCGGGCCCGCCGACUGCCCCGCCGACGCCUGGUACCCGCCAGGCCGGGCACCCUUCGCCGCCCCCGCCGCCGGCAUCAAGAGCGAGCUGGAGCCCUGGGUCGAGGGCUACGCCGGCGCCUACGGCGACCUCCGGUUGGAGACUGGCCGUGACCACGUCCUGCCCAUUGACUAUUACUUCCCACCUCAGAAGACCUGCCUGAUCUGUGGAGAUGAAGCGUCCGGGUGCCAUUACGGAGCCCUCACGUGUGGGAGCUGCAAAGUCUUCUUCAAACGGGCGGCUGAAGGCAAACAGAAGUACCUGUGUGCCAGCCGGAACGACUGCACCAUCGACAAGUUCCGAAGGAAAAACUGCCCGUCCUGCCGCCUGCGGAAGUGCUACGAGGCCGGGAUGACGCUGGGAGCCCGCAAGCUGAAGAAACUGGGUAACCUGAAGACACAGGAUGAGGUGGAGGCAGGCAGCUCAUCCAGCCCCACGGAGGAGCAAGCUCCCAAGCUGGUGAUGACACGCAUCGAUGGCUACGAGUGCCAGCCCAUCUUCCUCAACGUCCUGGAGGCCAUCGAGCCCGGCGUGGUGUGUGCUGGCCACGACAACAGCCAGCCAGACUCCUUCUCCAACCUGCUGACCAGCCUGAACGAGCUUGGGGAGCGGCAGCUGGUCUACGUCGUCAAAUGGGCGAAGGCCCUGCCAGGAUUUCGCAACCUGCAUGUGGAUGACCAGAUGUCAAUAAUCCAGUACUCUUGGAUGGGCCUCAUGGUGUUUGCUAUGGGGUGGAGAUCCUUCACCAACGUCAAUUCCAGAAUGCUUUACUUUGCUCCAGACCUGGUCUUCAAUGAGUACCGCAUGCACAAAUCCAGGAUGUACAGCCAGUGUGUCAGGAUGAGGCACCUCUCCCAGGAGUUCGGGUGGCUUCAGAUCACGCCCCAGGAGUUCCUCUGUAUGAAGGCUCUCCUUUUCUUCAGUGUUAUUCCAGUGGAUGGCCUGAAGAACCAGAAGCUGUUCGAUGAGCUCCGCAUGAAUUACAUUAAGGAACUUGACCGCAUCAUCGCCUGCAAGAGGAAGAACCCCACCUCCUGCUCCCGGCGGUUUUACCAGCUCACCAAGGUCCUGGACUCCGUGCACCCGAUUGCCAAGGACCUGCACCAGUUUACAUUUGACCUGUUAAUCAAGGCACACAUGGUGAGCGUGGACUACCCGGAAAUGAUGGCUGAGAUCAUCUCUGUGCAGGUUCCCAAGAUCCUGUCUGGAAAAGUCAAGCCUAUCUACUUCCAUGCACAGUGAUCUUCCAUAGGGACCCCUGAGCUGCCUCCCCCAUUCCAGCCAUCUCCUGCCUGUUGUUUCUGCACUACUGUCCUGCA